AGGGAAAAGGUUCCGCUCUAUGUCGGGAAGCGUCAGACGGAUAUAUUUUUGAAGGAUGUGUUGAUUCAGUCAAUAUCGUUUAGUUUCAGUGCUAGUGUUAUACAUAUGACGUUUUUCAAGAAGAAACAUGUUAUGUUCUUACCCUGACGUGUUAGCAUCAGGAAAAUGCAGUAUUUGAUCGAGCAAACCUGGGAUAGCAAUCCUGUGAAUCAUGACCCUAUCAGGAUCAAUUUCUCUCCUGGGCAAGGAGGGCUGAAGAUAGAGAUGUUUGGUCCCUUCUUCAAUGACCCAGUAGGUCCUGCGAGCCCCCCCAGCCAGCCCUUCCCUGGACUCUGGAAUUAUGAAGUUGUGGAGUGCUUCUUCCUCGAUAGCACUACAGUAAAUUACCUUGAAGUGGAGUUUUGUCCACAUGGACAGCAACUGAUAUUGUUGCUGUCAGGAGUUGGACAAGCAUUCCAGCAACAACUUCCCAUGGUGUUUAAUGCCACGAUCAAAGGGGACAGAUGGAUGGGGGAGGCUCUCCUCCCUUGGUCGUACUUGCCCCCUAAUAUCAACAAGAUGAACUCCUACGCUAUCCAUGGCUCAGGAGAGGGGCGCACAUAUGAGGCUCUCUACCCCAUCCCCAAGGAGGACAUAGUGGAAGGCCAAAAACCUAACUUCCACCGCCUGGAGUAUUUCCAAAAUUUCCGCCUCCAAAGCAUCAUGGGAGAAGGUUGGGUCCAGCCAGAUUCUGAUCUGUGGAUUGGAAAGCCAUGACCUCUUAAAAAAGCACUCCUCUCUCUUGCACCCAAACACACACACAAACACACUACGGCGGCAGGCCCAUAUUACAAACACUCAUUGACGGGGAACAAAGGCCAAUCCAUCUUUAUUAGUUAAUGAUGCCAAACGAUAUGACGCAAAAUAUGUUAUCAGCCUGUCAGGGCGUAUUAGCCUUCACACACCCCGGUAGGUACAAGCACACAGUCACGUACAUAUCCUAAGGUAUUGGGCGUCAGCUUAAUUUGCUUCGGCAGAGGGCGACCUGCACCACUUCAACUGUGGAUGGUGCGAAGGCUCGCUUUGACAUUCAGCUCCUGUGUAGCCUGUGCCUUUCACUCCAGUGAAGUAAACCACAACUGGUUCUUGUAAUUCCUUGCCCUGACUGCUAACGGACACACACAAACAAAUCAUACAAACAGUGAGGUCAAAAUGUCUGUGCUAAAGCUUUUGAAUCAGUGCUUUAUUGUAUAAGGAUCCUUUUGCAUUCCAAUUGCAUUAACCUUUAAUGAGUUGCAUUUGCAAUUAAACAUUUUUACAUCUGC